GAGAGGGAGGAAGACAAGGUUAUGGAGCGGGCAAGUCUACAUGUUCAGCAUUUUGGGAUCUUCGCCCUGUGAUUUUUUUUAACGUGUGGUAUUUGGUAAAUGAGUUCUGUUCAUUAUUUCCUAGUUUUCUCUGUUUCAAGGAAAACUACUAAGCCUAGAGCAAGUAUAAAAAUCUUCAGGGGAAGAGAGACUGCAUUCCUGAACAGUGCAAGGUUGCUGAAGUUCUUAUCUGGAUUUCAAAAGCCUGCAUAUACCUGUGUCUUCAUCUGAAUUCAAAGACACUCGGAUGUUGGGACUUUUAAAGUGAUAACUUGAUAGAUAAUUUCCUAAGGCAAUCUCGAUGGCUAGGGUCAGUGCAGACAGAAAGAAUACAUGCAGUCAUGUGUACAGUACAUAUUACAUAUAGUAUAACAGAACAUUUCUGCCCCAGACAUGGGCUCUCAGAUAUUUAUGCAUGGUAAUUUUUUGAACUGGUUGCUGUUGCUACUGACUCUUGAGUGCCCUUCUGCUGCUACUUAUUCUGAUGUAUCUAACCUGGGCAGUAACUCAACAACUCCACCUGACCAUCACAAUGCUGAGGGCUCUCCUCAGGAUGAGAGACUGGAUAUUUUUACAGUGGAUUAUAACUAUGUGCAAAUUCCCUAUGAAGUUACACUUUGGAUACUUCUUGCAUCCCUUGCAAAAAUAGGUUUCCAUCUCUACCACCGACUGCCAAACCUCAUGCCGGAAAGCUGCCUUCUGAUAGUUAUUGGGGCACUAGUCGGAGCAAUCAUUUUUGGCACGGAUCACAAAUCCCCACCAGCAAUGACUACAAACAUUUACUUCCUGUAUCUCCUCCCACCCAUUGUCCUUGAGGAGGGGUACUUUAUGCCCACUCGCCCCUUUUUUGAAAAUUUUGGGUCCAUUCUAUGGUGGUCUGUCCUGGGAUCCCUCCUGAAUGCAUUUGGCAUCGGACUCUCUCUCUAUGGGAUCUGCCAGAUCGAAGCCUUUGAUCUCACUGACAUUAACCUGCUGCAGAACUUGCUCUUUGGCAGCAUGAUUUCAGCUGUGGAUCCCGUGGCAGCGCUGGCUGUUUUUGAAGAGGCCUCCGUUAAUGAGCAGCUUUACAUGAUGAUAUUUGGAGAGUCUUUGCUAAAUGAUGGAAUAACUGUGGUUUUAUAUAAUAUAUUCAUCGCCUUCACCCAGAUGCACAGAUAUGAAGAGAUUGAAACUGUUGACAUUCUUGCUGGAUUUGCUCGUUUCUUUGUAGUGGGGCUAGGAGGAGUGCUGUUUGGCAUCGUGUUUGGAUUUGUUUCCGCAUUCAUGACCCGAUUUACGCAAAACAUUUCUGCCAUCGAACCACUGCUUGUCUUCAUGUUCAGUUAUUUGUCCUAUUUGUCUGCUGAAACCCUCUACAUCUCAGGCAUUCUAGCGAUGACAGCGUGUGCAGUGACUAUGAAAAAAUAUGUGGAGGAGAAUGUUUCCCAGAAUUCCUACACAACGAUAAAGUAUUUCAUGAAGAUGCUGAGCAGUGUCAGCGAGACCCUGAUUUUCGUGUUCAUGGGAGUCUCCACAGUUGGAAGGAACCAUGAGUGGAACUGGGCCUUCGUUUCCUUCACUCUGCUCUUCUGUGUGGUGUGGCGGGUUCUAAGUGUGUUUGGUCUCUUUUAUGUCACCAACAAAUUUCGGACUUACCCUUUCACCAUCAAAGACCAGCUCAUUAUUGCCUACAGUGGCUUUCGAGGAGCCAGUAGUUUCUCUCUUGCAUUUUUGCUUCCUUUGUAUCUCUUCCCUAGAAAGAACAUGUUCAUUACGGCUACCCUUGUGGUUAUAUAUUUCACUGUGUUCAUUCAGGGAAUCACAAUAGGUCCACUGGUCAAAUAUCUAGAUGUUAAAAAGACCAGCAAGAAGGAGUCCAUCAAUGAAGAGAUUCAUGUACGAAUGAUGGACCACUUGAAGGCUGGAGUUGAAGAUAUAUGUGGGCACUGGAGUCACUCUCAACUGAGAGACAAAUUUAAAAAGUUUGACAAUAAAUAUCUAAAGAAAAUCCUGCUGCGGAAGAAACAACCCAAAUCCAGCAUUGUAUCUCUGUACAAGAAACUGGAAAUUAAACAGGCCAUUGAGAUGGCAGAAAGUGGGAUGAUAAGUUCAGCUGCAUCUACAGCUUCUCUCCAGAGCUAUAGAAAUCACAGAAUGCAUAGGCUUUCCCCUGCAGAGGUGGAGUCCAUGCAGGACAUGCUGGCGCAUGGUCUGUAUCAAGUACGACAAAGGACACCGUCUUAUAACAGGCACAACCUGCCAACAGAAACAAGUGAGAAACAGGCAAAAGAAAUUCUCAUCCGUCGCCAGCACAGCCUGAGGCAGAAUGUCUGGAAAGGAAACAGCUUACCUUGGGGGAAACCGGCUAGCACCACAAAUGUGCGUUUCCUCUCUUUACCCUAUGGUACUCGCUAUCCAGAUAGACAACAAAAAGCAAGGCAUGAUGCUUUUACAGGUGAUAGCAGCAGUUCUCAUUCAGUGGUCUCCCGAACGCUCAGUUCACAGCUGCGAGCAUGUUCUGUUGGAGCAAACUCUCGGCAGCAGGAGAUGGUGCCAAUGGAACUGUUAGAGAAAAGAGAGAAACUGUCAGAUUUUGAAGGCCAGAGAGGAAGCCUACACAGGAAGGAUCAAACUUCUAGAAUAAGAAGACCAGCUUUAAUGCCUAAGCCUAGGUUUGAGGCAGUGUUUGAAGAAGAUAUAAAGGGUUAUCAAUCAGAGGAGGAAGGAGCAGCAAGACCAUCCAUCAAAUGGGCAGCAGAGAAAAAAAAUGUGAGACAUUUCCACAAGGCCCCAACCUCCCCAUUCUGGAGAAAAUAGCAACGUUCUUAUGUAAUAAGUGUUCAUUUUGGGACCUUUGAACUAAAUCUGAUCCCAGUUCCAAGCACAGUGCAAAAGGUUCUUAGAAGUUCUGCAGGGAAUCAAAUGCUUGAAUACUCAGAUCAAGCUAAUUUUGCCUCAAGCCCCUGAUGGUAAAUGACUACAGAAUCUGCUGGAAAAGGGUUGUAUGUUAACGUAAAUUAUUGUAAAUAUCCAGACGCAUGUUAUCUCACCGAUGGUAUCACAUAAUUCUGUCUUCUCUAAUACGGCUAUGAACCAAUACAGCACUCAAGCAUGUGCUUCGGUUGAGCUCAUGAGAAAUCCCAUUGACUUCACAUGCUUAAAGUUAAGCACAGGAUGACAUUCUUUCCUGGAUGGGGGCCUAUAUGGCUGUGUCUAGACUGGCAAGUUUUUCCGCAAAAGCACCUGCUUUUGCGGAAAA